UCUCACAUCCAUUCCCUAAGAAUUACUAUCAAGAAAUGGAAAGCUAUAUUGAAACAGAUUUGAUUAUUAAUCACAAGGACACCGAGUUAAGGUUGGGAUUACCUGGAAACCAUGAUGAACAACAUUCAUGCAAUAUUGGAUCGGUUGUUAGAAGCAACAAGAGAUCAUUUUCACAGAAAACAAGUGCUGAAGAGACUUCCAUCUGCAAUGCUUCUACUUCCUCAACCACAAGUGAUCAUGACCAAAGCAGUGUUCAACCUUCAAAGGUGCAAGUAGUUGGAUGGCCACCAAUUAGAUCGUUUAGGAAGAACAGUUUACAACAAAAGAAAGUGGAAGAUGGAAGUGGAAUGUACGUGAAAGUGAGCAUGGUUGGUACACCAUACUUGAGAAAGAUAAAUCUCAAACUUUACAAAAGCUAUUCAGAACUUCUAAUAGCUUUGGAAAAUUUGUUUAAGUGCACAUUUGGUGAGCAUUCAGGUGAACAUGCUCCUACUUAUGAGGACAAGGAUGGUGAUUGGAUGCUAGUUGGAGAUGUUCCAUGGAACAUGUUUAUAUACUCAUGCAAAAGGCUGAAGAUAGUGAAAAGAUCAUAGGCAAUGGGGUUUGCAUGUUUAUGACCAUUCAAAUUAACAAAAGCAAAAUGCAUGGGUGCAUCUCCUAAGGCAUACAUGAAGAUUGUCCAAAUUUAAAUGCAGAUGAUGAUAUUUUUCUUAAUCUGAAUUCUCAUAACGUAGCUGCACAGAAUCCAAUUUGAAUUCUGUAGAGAUGGCUUUGAGUUUUGAUUUUUAAAUUCAAGCUUGCUAGAAACUUCAAAAGUCAAUGCUAUUUUUUCAUUUAUGUUAGUGCAAAGUAGAGAAAAAUUAAAGAAUAAGUGAAUGAAUGUAUUGUAUUGAUUAAAAGAAGAAUGUAUUAUACAAGUGCUAAGAGUACCAAAUUGAACCUAACCAAAACCAAUUAAUGUUAAUUACCUUAAUUGAUUUACUAACUAAUACUAACUAUCUUAAUGUUAAUUA